GGAUACACCAAGAUGCUGCUUAGAUCUGUCCAAUCUCAGCAGCGGAGAAGAGAAAAUUGCUUUCACCUUCAGUCAGUCUCCAGGAGCACUGGAAACUGGUUUACAAAAAAAAGCAGAGGAUUUAAUGGACUGUGAGAUGAAAUAUCUUGGCAGCCCAAUGGAUGCUUCAGGAAUCCCAGAAGCCUUGGACAGCUUUUCUGAGCUCUGUUCCAGUGAAAAGGAAGAAACAGAGAAAUCCUUUUCUGGGCACCACUGUAGCAUAGCUGACUUGUUGUCUGGACCACUCCUUGCUCAGGACAUCAAUAUUAGUGAGGUCUCCAUGAACAAGAGCCGCCUCUUCCGAUCUCCAUCUCUGCCAGAAAAACUAAACAAGCCUGCAUCAAAGAGGACAGUGAGAAGCUAUGAUGAUGAAACUCCAACUAAGGUGAAAUGGAAGAGCAGCCCAAUCCAAGAAGGGCCAGAUGGGGUUGUGCUUUUGAAGAAAACAGCGUCCCUUUCUGACAUCGAGAUUGUCAGAGCCCUUGAUCAAGACCAUGGCUUCAGGCAGUUAAUUGGUGAUUUCUCUGGCGUGUAUGCAUUGCCAACAGUCACAGGAAGGCAUUCGGAUCUGAGAUAUAUCACUGCGGAUACUAUGGUAGCGCUGCUCCACAAUCAAUUUCAAAGCCUUAUAGAGAAGUUCUAUAUUGUUGACUGCCGCUAUCCCUAUGAAUAUCAUGGGGGCCACAUCAAGGGGGCCUUGAAUAGCCACAGGCAAGAUGACUUAUUUGAACUUUUCCUGAGGAAGCCUCUGCUUCCAUCAUCACCACAGAAGCGCCUCAUCCUUGUAUUCCAUUGUGAAUUUUCUUCUGAAAGGGGUCCCAAGAUGUGUCGUUACCUGAGAGAGGAAGACCGGGCCAUGAAUGAAUAUCCUGCCCUGCACUAUCCUGAACUUUAUGUUCUCCAAGGUGGCUACAAGGAGUUCUUUCUAGAAAACAAGGAGCUGUGUCAACCACAGAGUUACUGUCCCAUGGAUCACCAGGAUUUCAAGGCAGAGAUGGUCAAGUUCCAUGUUAAAAGCAAGACCUGGGCAGGGGAACGGAGGCGCAGAGAUCACAUUGUUCGUCUCAUGAAGCUAUGA